AUCUUCCCCGUGCUCUCUGUCCAAGUUUCCAAUUUGACUUUACUCUCUCUCUGUCUUCUUCUCUCUCUCUCUCUCUCUCUCUGUGUCUCUGAAAAACUUAGUUUUAAGUGUUGGGUGUGUUCGAUCUGGGGCUCAAGCACAGCUUUUGGGAUUUGAGGAUUUGGGUACUUCGAGAUUUUCUUGUGUGUUCUUGCUGUGGAAAUUUUGGUCUAAAGACUCUUAAGCUCACUGGGUUUUUCUCACUGGUCUUGGAAAUAGAGGAAGAAUCGUGGCGAUCUGUUUUUCGAAGAAGGAUAGAACAGCAUGCGGUGGUGGUUGAGUCUCUCUGUUGAUGUUUUUCGCAAAGUCAUCUCUUUGAACCUUUACUGUAGAGUAAUUCUGUAACUCCUUUGUUAUCAUUCAGAUUUCAGACCGUCCUCAAGUUUUUCUCAGCCUUCUGUUUUUUUUACCCCUCUUUGUUUUCCAUGGGAUCCAGUUUCUUCGUUGUUGUUCCUUGUUAUGUUCGCCAGAUUAGUUGAACAGUACCCCAUAGUUUCAUUUCAAAUCCUUUUCAUUGAUAUAGAUACCUAUUAGUUGUUUUCUCUUUUUGUCCAACUAAUUUUCUUGGGUUUUCUGUGUUUUUGUUAUAAAGAUUCUAUUUUUGCUAAAUAGAUCUUUCUAGUUGAAGUUUUUAAGUACUGGGUUUGUGUCCAAUUGUGAUAAAGGUUCAGUUUCUGUGAAAUAGAUCUCUCUGGUUAUACUUCUUAAGUAUUGGGUUUGUGUGUUCAAGUCAUUGUUCUUCAGAAAGUUGGGUCAUUUUUACUCUCAUAGUGAAAGGUUGGAAAGUAGUUAUGGUAAGCCAAGCAGCGAGUCAAACAAGAUUUCGGGCAACGAAACACGAAAAUGGGAUUGCAGGGAGCGCUACUAUUAUUGUUAGAGUCAUAGCAUGCUUUCAACCUCUACAAGAUUGCCAGGCUGAAUACUUCCGUCAUUUGCUCAAACCUGUAACGUAGAUUAGUUCUCAAUUUCGUGUACUUGUUAAGCUGGAGUUUGUAGUUAUUUUCCUAGUUCCUGAUAGAAAGAGAAAGUAAUCAGCUAUUUGUAGGACUUAGAAUAUCCUUCAGGUGAUUGGUCUGGGUUGGAUGGGAGGCGACUGUGGAACCUGGAUUCCUCAGCCACAUUUUGAUUGGCAAUCACCCAGUUUGAAUUCCUUGGGUGCUCCCCUUGACUCGGGGCAGCAAAAUCUCAUGUCUGCAUAUAUGAAUCUUGGCACUAAUAUGGCUGCAGCAAAUGGGAAUAUGCCAGUAUAUGCACCUUUCAGACUACACCCUUCUUCAGUUGGCCAAACAAAUGAACCUCUUGGUUGGUUCUAUGGUUUGCCUCGUUAUCGGCAGGCAUUUACCUCUGACCCGAAAUACCCCAUUGGCAAAGGAGACCUGCCUGCUAACCCCUAUGAAAGCUGUAGGGAGGCUACCACACCCAAUGCAGGGCCUGGAUGUGCCCAGAAGAGGUUUGUUGUAAUUGAUCAAUCCAAGGACCAGACAACUUUGAUUUAUAGUUCCGGGAUUGGGACUCCUGUUCAGUGCCUUACUUCUUGGGGUCCAAAACAUAAUGUCACUCGUGAUUUGGAUGGGGAAGUAGGUCUUGCAUAUAAGAAGGCCUUGAAUGACCCCUUGGGACCAAUAUUGACUGAUGAGUUCAAUGAAAAUCAUGGAGAUGACGACCAAAGUGAAAUGCACGAGGACACUGAAGAACUCAACGCGUUGCUUUACUCGGAAGAAGAUGGAGAGAGCGAGUAUAGCGAAGAUGAUGAAGUUACUAGCACAGGUCAUUCGCCUAGUACAAUGACUGUCCAUGAUCAGAAAGAUUGUUUUGUGGGCGAUACUGAAGAAGUUGCUAGUUCUGCUGUACCAAGUAAAAAGCGGAAACUCUUUGAUGAUGGAGGUUGUGAUGAUGUGCCAUCACUGAUGGACACAGCAAGUUCUAUGAAAACCAAAGGACCCUUUGAGCAUGAAGAGGAUGCAGAAUCUAGUUGUGCUAGUGGCAACAACACAGGUCCAAGAGAAGUGGAUUCUUUAUCGGGCAACAAGAGGAUGAAGAGAGAGAGAAUUCGCGAGACUGUGAACAUUCUGCAGGGCAUCAUUCCUGGUGUCAGGGGCAAGGAUGCGAUGGUGGUUCUUGAUGAAACCAUACAUUACUUGAAAUCUUUGAAGCUCAAGGCCAUGGCUUUAGGGCUUAAUGCUCUCUGACUACUCUCCGAGUUGCAGGACGAUGUCCUAGUAGAAUAAAAUCCUAUAUCCCACACUGAGCUCACUUUAUGCUCCACCAUAUGCAGGACUUCAUAUGUCUGAUUUUCUUUUUCUUUCUAUUCUUAGCUUUUGUUACUUUAUAAGAAAAAAAUUGUGAGACGCUUGACAGGCUGUGAUUGGUGGACAAAGUGAAACACUUGGGGAUAUAGGAUUAUUCUCCAUCCUAGUAGUUUUAUAUUAGUAGUUCUUGGAAAUAUAGUCCUUGUCUCUGUUAGAAGUUCUAAAUGGCAUGUAGGGUGUGCAUCCAUUAACCUUGGAGUUGUUCCCAGUAUUGGAGGUAAAACUUUGAACAGUGUGGAGAUAUAUAGCUUGAAAACCUCCUUAAAAGUCUUUCUUCAAUGAUUGAGUUGGAAAUCAGCACCCUUUGGCUUGUAAAAUUUCUCUGUAGUUUCUAGAGAGAGAGAGAUAGAGAGAAGAAGGGGUGUGGUUAUAAUGUGUUUCAAUAAAGGGUGUUGAAUCAUUAGUCUUGUCUUAGGGUUUAGAGAAAGUAAUACUCACACUUGGGUGUGAGAUUUGCUGUGCGGAUGAGAAGACUAUAGUUGUUACAUAAAGGGUCCCAUUUAGAGGAGCGUGCGUACCCCUUGGGUUGGAUUGGGACCCAACCUUCACUUUCUUCACCCUUUUUGUAUUCUUGUCCAUGUUUAGUUGUUUGUGGGGUUAUCUUUUUCCUUGAUGUAGAAAUUUGCACUAGCCCAAGAGGCGUCUCCCACUUCAUCAUGCAAUGCAACUUGGCUGGAGGGCCCUCAAUGAAAAACCAAUUCCAGCUUUGUUUAUGUAAUAGUACUAUUUCUUGUGGGACUUUCAUUUCCACCUUUUUUUAUGGAAUUGUAAUGUGAUAGUGGGAAAUACUAUGUUAAACAAUAUGAAAUGUGCUUUUGAUUCUAUCAAGGCCUUUUAUUAAGUAGUA